AUGGCUGGGCGCACAGUGCGCGUUGGGGGGAUCCCAACAGACCUCCCGCCAGAGAGAGUCGCCGACAAGCUCACCAUCCACUUCCUGCGCGCCCGCAACGGCGGCGGAGAGAUCGCAGACAUCGCGCUGCUCGCUGGCCCCCCGGCCUGUGCCCUCGUCACCUUUGAGGAAGCGGGAGUGGCUCAGAGGGUCCUGGAGGUGGAGAACCACGUUUUGUUGGUCGGUGGAAAGACGUACCCGCUGACAGUGACAGCGCAUGCGGCCGAGCUGAGCCCUGACGAGAUCUUCGUGCGCGUUUCCUGCGCAAAACGUUACGGCGCCGUGCAGUUCAGCUUCGACCCUAAGGAGACGCUGUGCACGGUCAAGGGGCCGUUCACAGAGCUGCAGGCCUUCAGCAAGGAGCUGCUGAGGAGCCAGCAAGCUGGAGAGGCCCCCCCAGAGGGAGUCAGCCACCCCGCCACAGGCACAGGGGUGUCCGCUUCCCAGCAGAGGCCCAGCUCCCCCUUGCCAGAGCCCAGGGUGGAGAAGCAGCCAAGUCCGGGCCACGUGCACGAGGAGGCGUCUGAGCCCCGGUUGCACAGGGACCCUGUGGACGGAGAAGCUGUGGAGCAGCUGGAGGACUUCUCCCUGGUGAUGGACGCAGAUAUCUACCUGUACAUGCAGAAGUUCUGCAGUGACAAGUACCAGCGGGUGCUGCACCAGCACCAGGUCGACAUGGUGGACGUCAGCAGCGACGGCAUCGCCAUUCUCUACCUCCAGGCCUCCUCCAAGAACACGGGGGACAUCAGCUCCGUGGUGCAAGCCCGCCUGGCGCUGCUGCAUCUCUAUCAGCAGCUGGAAGCCAGUCUGCGCAAGGAGAAGAUCAGCAAGGGGGAGCUGAGCAGUGACAUGCGGUCUCAGAGGGCCUUGCUAGGGGACCUGCAGAAACUCUGCCCCCUGCUCCUUUGUCACGAAGACGAGCGACAUCUCUAUCUCAUCGGGAAUCUGGUCGAUGUCUCCCAGGCCAAACAAUACAUCCAAGAUCGAAGUCCUGGGAGAACAGCCACAGCCGGCCUCAGGACGUCCAACGGCUCCCUGGCCACAUACACAGCCGCUCUUCAUGGAGGGGAUGCCAGACUGGGCAAGCCUGAACCCACGGUGGAUCCUUCACCCCCAAGACUGAGCUCUGGCAAGUUUGAGUUUAAAGGUGAACACAAGCUAGCCGCCAAUUUCAGCUUCCUAAAGCACGACGCGGCUCUUUCCAGUGCACGGCCCUCGCUGGAUCGCAGCUCCCUGUUCAUGGAGCAGAUGCAGCUUUCUGGCAGCUGGUUAAAGGAAGCUGGUGCCCCGGGCCAGAACGAUCCAGCACCACCGAGCGGUCAGCACCACCUGCCUGUCUCUGCAACCAUCACUGGGCCAGCGGCAGAGGUUCAGCAGAGGGAGCUGAAGGAUUGGGACCGAAGGAAGGGGGCCCCCCUGCUCUUGAGACCCAAGACGCCAUCUCUGUUUGCUGGAGGCAAAGCAAGCAGCACUUUGCAGAGUCUCGGGGUCUGGAAAAGCCCUGGUCCCGUAAAGCCUCAGCUCAUUAGCAGCGCGUCUAGUGCCUUCAAAUCCUUGAGCCUUUUCGAUACCACGGGGACCUGUUCAGCACUAGAUUCCAAACCGCCCGAGUCUAGCGCCCCGCUGAGACGCUCCAAUAGUUUCUCCAUUCCAAAGUCUAAGGCAAGCGACACGCCCAGAGACCCCAGCAGGGUCAGCGAGGAGAUCAGCAUGGAUCCUGUGCAGUGGGCUUAUUUGAAAGAGAUUCAUGGCUCUGCUAUUGACGGGCUGUGCAGGGAGGGAGGUGUCCUGCUCGCAGAGCGCAGCAGCAAAGGCUGCACCGUGCUGACGCUCACAGCUGAGGACAGGACAAAGCUCCUCCAAGCCAGGUGGAAGAUGGAGGCUCUGUGCCAGACGGUGUGUCCUGCUCUCGUGUGCCAGAGCCUGAGCUACUCCGAACUCGAUGUGGAGGGGCCCAGCGACGAGGCUUUGAAUGAGCUGUGCAGCCUCUUGAAAGGAUGCUCUGCCCAGGUCAGAGUCAGCAAAGACAGGUACAAACUGCAUCUCAUGUGCCCCAAGGAAACACUGCUGAGCGUCAAUGAGGCCUUCCAGAGAUUCUCUGCCAGGAGGCGAAGUGCUCUGACACUUUCUUCCCCGUCUCCGGGGCUGGAGGGAUCUCCGGCCGAGGAGUAUCCAAGCCCCACACAGCAGGUGAAAACCCAGGACCCAGCGCUGGCUGCCGAAUAUCACCAUGGCCGGGAGGGACUGCAGCAGCUGGAGGUUAGCAGCACAGCCAGCCGGUCUGACGUUUCGGAGAGCGCCUCCCAGCUGGAUGGGCCCGGGUGGAAUGGCACGAGAACCAGCAGCUACCAGCAGGCGCUGGGGCAGGAGGACCCAAGUUACCCCAGCGACUCACAGGAUGCGAGUGGCAGUGGCCUCCUUGAUGCCAGCUUGGCAGGCAGGCAGAGCCUCAGCCCAGGGGACCCCCAGGAGUUGCAGAAGGGGGAGAGGCCAGCUGGAGAGCCCGAGAUGGCCAGGAUAAAGCGGGUCCUGCCUGACAGAUUCCAGUUCGCAAGAGACAAGAGCCGAGGAGGCCCCAGUGAGGCGGGGGGAAGCCCGAGGCCCCCUGCUCAUGCAGCAGACGGCCCCCCGCAGUCCUUGCCCAUCUGGCUCUUUAGCUCUGGGACUGUCCUGCCAGCUCGGGCUGCAGAACGAGCCCCCAAGCCAGGCCAGGGGGACCCAGCAGGAGAUGGGGACUCACAGGAGACGGCGAUUUCGGAGCUGGAGCUAAGAGGUCCCAGCCCUGGGCAGGGAGCCCACGAGCACAAGCUUGGGAGGUGUGAUGCAUGCCAGAGCUCGUGCACAGCGACCUGCCGCGCCCAGUGCGGCCACGCUCUGUGCCGGACUUGUUUUGCAGCCGAAGACACGCACCCAGCCUGCUGCGGCUCCCCCAAGAGCGCCAGGGCUAUUAAAGGGACGUUCAAGGUGGUGACUCUGUCCCAGAGCCUGCCCGGCUACUUUCGAGACCCAACGCUCAAGAUCGUCUACGACAUCCCUGACGGUGUGCAGGAGGCUGGAGACCCCCGACCCGGGAGACCGUACAGGGGUGGCCGCUUCCAGGCCUUCCUGCCCGACAACAGGGAGGGGAAGAAGACGUCUCAGCUGCUGCAGAAAGCGUUUGAGCAGGGCCUGACCUUCCAGAUCCAGUCCUGUGACGGGGAGGAGAGAGUGAUGUGGCACCUCAUCCCCCACAAAACCUCUUUCGACAAGGGCAAGGCCAGGAAUGGCUACCCGGAUUCCCAGUACCUCCGCGAGGUCAGCGCUCUGCUGAGAAACUUGGGCAUCGAGUGAAACUCCCAGUGCUGAGCUGCCAAAAGCCGCUCCCUCUCUGCCACCCUCCAGUCCCAGCCGGGCUCAGCCCAGCUGGCACAAGCCACGUUCAGUACUGAGCCGCUCAGGACAGUGCCGGUUUUUCGCUGCGUGGGCUUCACCUCCACCGCACCCUUUGCUAGCCAGGAAUUCCUGUGCCAAGUGUGAAGUGCACUGAGAACCGAGACGUCCAGCGGCAGCGUCUCACCGGCACCCGCCCUCGCUCUUGCUGAGUGGAAGUAAAACCUGCCACAGCUCCAGCUCCCUCUUGGAUUUAGCUUGUUAACCAGCCGCAGCUCCUAGCACAGCUGGUUUCGGCAUCAGUGAACAACGAGCAUUAUAGGCUGAGCCAUCCCCAGCUUCCAGCCUGAUGCCAAUCUCCAGUGGAGACACACGUCUGGUCAACCUGGGACAUCCCAGUUCUGCCUUUGGAGGACUGGGAGCUGCUCAUCUUUCUAGUGUUCAGUGCUUCUGGAAUAGCACUUGUUAACUUGGGCGUUUCAUUCCUUGGACAGACAGUCCGGAGCUCCCGUCCCAUCCCCAGCGCCUGUUCCAGGGAGGGCAGGGAGCUCUCUGGAGGAGCAUCACUAACCUUUCUGCUUCUAAUGCACGUCUAGCCCUGUGGGCCCAGAGCCCAGAGCCGCAGUGCUCGAGGGAGCCCAGCGUUACACAGUCACUGUUACUUUGCAUUCCAUGUAGUUGGUGGAGAAUCCCAAAUAAACGAGUCUCAUUCCCCACCCUGUUCAGUCGGGCUUGGCCCUGGCUCGGGCUGGGAGCCUCAAAAUGCCCCCGUUUUGGUCACAGGCAGGUAUAGCAACAACUGGCUCUAGGCUGCAUAGCAGCGGCUGCUGCUUCCAGAGCAGAGUGAAGUGGCUGCAGCCCCUCUGCAGAGGCCGGGCUUUCUCGAGUAGCUUUUUAUGGGAAUGUGACGGUGCAUUUAAGGCUCCAAACACACACUUGGUGCUGAUACCAAGGGGGGCAGGGCUGACGUGAACCCUUACAAAGCAGCUGAGAUCCUUGUUACAUUUCACACCAGGUGUCCAGUGCUGCUGCUCAAAAGCCCCGUGCAAAAUCUGCUCCCUGUAAUUACAGUGAUAGGAGUGCGCCCGUGGCCAGAGCUUGGGGUGAAGGUCUCCUUUUAGCCACAGCACCAGCUCCCCACACUCCUGGCCAGCAAGGCUCCCCUCUGAAGCAGGGAGGCUGCCAUUGGGCCAAGAGGGGACUUCACACGCCAUUCAGUUCUUGAGCCUGCUGGGAAAGUGACAAGCAUGAUUGGGUCCGAGCACUGCAGCCCUGGAACUUGUGUCACAGAACAGCUCCCUGCCGUGGGGUGGCAGCUGGGAGGGGAGAGAGCCUGUCACUGCAGAGACAAGCACCCUCGGUCGCUCGCUCGUGCGUUACCGCACUGGGACAGAGCUUGGACCAACAGUUAGAGCUCUAAGGUGAAGGGCUGGGGGUGACAAGCGUCCUUACGAAUAUUUAGUCAGGCACCAAGAUCCUCUUCAGCCGGCUCUGUGGGCUCAGGCUCCUCUUUCAGACCCAGCACAUUCUUCCAGAGGAGGGGAGGCACCUGGUUUAUAAUCAGCCCCACAAAAGGGAAGUGGGGUGGGGAGGUUCAAGCCUGCCUAGAGCAUGUUUCCGGGGCUGCUUAGCAUUCACACCAGCAGAGAAGCAGCCGGGUAGUUGUACGUGUGUUCUCUAACAUCGCUUUAUGCUCCCACGGUAAGUUUCUUUUAACAAGGGGUGACAAUUGUACCCAUCCAGGUUCUGCUGUGCGGGUCACCACAGGGCCUGACAAGAGCUCGCCCUGCUCCCGUUGCAGGGUUCUCCCAUUCACUUUUCAGCUAGCCACACUGCUGCUAAAUCCACUACCCCCCAUUGCAAGCAUGGCCCAAUGGCUGUUUGAAACACCUAGGGUAGGUCUUGAAGCUUCCCGCCUUGGCUCCUCUGCCAAUGUUACUGAUCUGAAUUAUUGACAGACUGGGGAGCAUUUAUUGUUCCCAGAUUUCUUCGGUGACACGAACGAGCAGGAGACGGAUGGGACAGGGACCUGCCCGGGUCUGACAAA